CAACGCCUACUGGCAGAAAAGACGCCCAUCAGAUCGGUUCCUUGAAUCCCGCUUCUUUGUCUCUUCAAUCCCCAUCCACUCCUCCCGCCAUCAUGUUCGCUACUCGUGCUCAACCCGUUGCCUCGGUGCUCAGCGCCGGUGUCCAGACUCGCAACAUGGCAACACUUCGUGAGAUUCAGAUCCGUUUGAACUCCAUCAAGAACAUUGGCAAGAUCACCAAGUCCAUGAAGAUGAUUGCCUCGACCAAGGUCAACAAGGCUCAGCGUGCCAUGGAGACUGCCCGCGUCUACGGUAGCACCUCUUCCGCCAUCUACCAGAACGCCAACACCGUUCCUCUGGAGAACGACAACCAGUUGUACGUUGUCUCUUCCUCUGAUCGUGGUCUUUGUGGUGGUAUCCACUCCUCGGUCGCCAAGGCCACCCGCAAGUUGAUUGCAGCCUCUGAUGCCAGCAACGCUGGUGUCGUCGUUUUGGGAGACAAGGCUAAGAAUCAGAUGACGCGUUCCAACCGUGCCGACAUUCAGUUGUCCUUCAACCAGAUCGGCAAGGCGAUCCCCACCUUUGCUGAGGCCAGCGCUGCCGCUGAUACUAUCCUGUCCGCUGGCAUCAAGUUCGACAAUGCCAGCAUUGUCUACAAUAAGUUCGAGUCGGCCAUUGCCUACGAGGCGACCCCUAUCCGUACCUAUUCCAUCGAUGCCUUGAAGUCCUCUGAGGGUUUCACUGCCUACGAGUUGGAUGAAGAGGUCUUGGAGAACUACAACCAGUUCUUGUUCGCCAACAACAUUUACUGGGCUUUGGUUGAGGGCCACGCCUCGGAGAUGUCUGCUAAGCGCAAUGCCAUGGAGAACGCCACCAAGAACGCUGGAGAUAUGGUUGACCGUUUGACCAUGACUUACAACCGUACUCGCCAGGCUGCCAUUACCUCCGAGUUGGUUGAUAUUAUUACUGGUGCCUCUGCUCUGUAAAGGAAAAAAAAGUGUGGAUUUACGAAUAUCUUUUCAACGCGCACCCAUCCUUCCACCAACUUCAAUUGAUACAGAAGUUAUCAUAAAAGCCAACUGAAACGUCCCUCUCUCCUCUUGCCUACAUUGUACACGGAUCUCAUUUAUUAAAAAAAAAAAAAAAAAAAAAAAA